AAAAAAGAAAUGAAAGCUGAAAUUCAAAGAUCAUUAAUCAAUAAAGUAUUACUGGAUUCCAGCAUAUGUGAAUCACAUUCAUACAAUAGUCCACUUUAGUUUUCUACCACAUUCAUCAUUUAUAUUCUUAAUUAUAUGCUCUUUCACUCUCACUCUCUAACACCUCAACAAGACUACUACUCACCACUCUUCUCUAAUACCAAACAAGUUUGAAAAGCCAUGGCUGAGUUGAUUCUGUCUCCGAUUGCUGAGAAAAUCAUUGGUGGUUUGGGAUCUGAAGCUGUGAAACACAUCUCUCUGAUUUGGGGUGUGGAGGAUGAGGUUGAAGAUCUCAAAGAAACCAUUUCAACAAUCCAAGCUGUGCUUUUGGAUGCUGAGAGGAAACAAUCUCACAACAACCAAGUCAAGAACUGGCUCCAAAGGCUGAGCACUGUGGUUUUUAAAGCAGACGACUUGAUGGACGACUUCAACACUCAAGCUUUGAUCAUGUCUCACAACCCAAUGGCCAACCAGGUGUGCACCUUCUUUUCCAGCUCCAACCAGCUCGCUUUCCGUUUCAAGAUGAGUCGUAGAAUACAAGGCAUCAAGAAAAAACUGGCUUCCAUUUCCAAUGAUAAAAGCUUCUUUUUGGAGCAAGGACGUCAAGAAACUACCCUAACUCCUAGAAGAGUGAGAGAUGCUGACUUCUAUGUACAUAAGGAAGAUGUUAUUGGGAGGGACAAGGAUAGAUCGUUCAUCAUCGAUAAUCUUUUAUUGGAGAAUUUUGAUCAAGAGAGUGUCUCGGUGAUUGCUAUUGUAGGAAUAGGUGGUCUAGGAAAAACCACUCUUGCCAAAAGUAUUUAUAAUGAUGGGCAAGUCCAAAAACAAUUUAAGUUAAGGAUUUGGGUGUGUGUAUCUGAUCCAUUUGACUUCAGACUAAUUAUUAAAAGUAUUAUUGAGUCUGCAGAAGGCCAGGCUAUUUCGGGAGACAUGGGAACAGAAUUGUUAGUAAAGAAACUUCGAGAAGUACUUGGUGGAAAUCAGUAUUUUCUUGUACUAGAUGAUAUAUGGGAGGAAGACCAUGCUAUGUUGUUGAAGUUAAAAGAUUUAAUAACAAGUAAUGAAAAUGCUGGGAGUAGAGUUGUAAUAACUACUCGUAGUGAAAACAUUGCUAAAUUCUUAACUACCGAACAACAACCCUAUCAACUAGGGGUUCUUGAUGAAGUUGAAUCUUGGUUUUUGUUUAAAAGGGUGGCUUUUGAAGAUGGAUCACAAGAGCUAGAUAACUCUAGCAUUGUGGAGAUUGGAAAGGAGAUUGUGAAAAGGUGUAAAGGAAUCCCCUUGGCCAUCAAAACAAUAGGAAAUAUAUUACACGGGAAAAGUUUAGAAUCAGAGUGGUCUUCCUUAGAUAAGGAAUUUUCAAAAAUACCUUAUCGAAGAGAAGAUGAUAUGUUACCCACCCUCAAAUUGAGUUAUGAUCAUCUUCCCUCCCAUUUGAAACUUUGCUUUGCCUAUUGUAGUUUAUUUCCUAAAGAUAAAGAAAUUAAGGUGAGAAAUUUAAUUAAUCUUUGGAUGGGGCAAGGAUUUCUCAAGUUAUCUACAAGUCAAGAUCAAUAUUUGGAAGAUGUGGGUUAUGAAUGGUUUAUGACUUUGUUGGAAGGAUCAUUCUUUCAAGAUGUUGAAGUAGAUGAAUGUGGAAUUAUAAAGAAAUGCAAAAUGCAUGAUUUGAUGCAUGAUCUUGCUGUUCAAGUAGCUGGAGAAGAAUGUACUACUUUUGCAAUUUCAAAUGGCCAAAGAAAUAUCAAGGAAACUACUCUUCAUGUGUCUUUUGUAGGCGAUGCUUACUUAGGAAGUGAACUUUCAGCUUCAUUGGCUCAUGCAAAAAAUAUUCGAACAUUUCUUAGUAUUUCAAACCCUAAGAAGGAGUUAUUUUGCGAUGCCAUAACAUUAAACUGUAAGUUUAUACGUUGUUUGGAUUUGAACCGUUCAAGUGGGAAGAUAGUAUCAAAUUCUAUUGGCAAGUUGAAACACUUGAGAUAUUUAGACCUUUCAUCGAAUUCUUAUCUCAAUUCACUUACCAAUUCAAUUACGAAUUUGGUGAAUUUGCAAACGUUGAAGGUUAAUUAUUGCUCAAAUCUCAGAGAACUACCUAGAGGUUUUGUGAAACUCAUUAACCUUAGGCAUCUUGAACUUUCUUGGUGUAAAUUGAAUUCUUUGCCAGGUGGAAUAGGUCAGUUGACACAAUUGAGAUACUUGGAUCUUUCUUGGAAUCAAAAUCUAUUAUUACUUCCAGAUUCAAUGAAUGAUUUGUUGAAUUUGCAAACACUGAAACUCAAUCAUUGCUCAAAACUCAAAGAGCUUCCUAGAGAUAUUGGGAAACUCAUCAACCUUAGGCAUCUUAAAAUCUCUGAUAAAUUGGAGUAUAUGCCAAGUGGACUGGGCAAGCUAACUAAUCUCCAAAUAUUAUCAAAUUAUGUGUUGAUGAAGAGCGAAAAGUGUACCCCAAGGCAUGGUGGUGAGCUAAAGGAAUUGAUGAGAUUGAACAACUUGAGAGGCAAAUUGGAACUUACAAAUUUGAGUUGUGAGAAAAAUGUGGCAGUGGAGUAUGAGAAAGCCAAAUUAAAGGAUAAACAAUAUCUUCUAUCAUUGACAAUGGAGUGGGAUUCUGAAGCUAAAAUGGAUGAAACCGAGGCUAUUGUUGGUUAUGAGAUGUCAUUAGAAGGUCUCCAGCCACAUCAAAAUAUUCAGAAGCUAAGGCUAACAAAUUAUGGGGGUGUUAAGCUCUCCAGUUGGCUCUCAUCACUUACUAAGCUAGUGAAGUUAACUUUGAAAGAUUGUGCAAAAUGUGAGCAUCUGGUUCCAUUGAAUCAAUUCAAGUGUCUCAAGCAUUUGAAACUUGUGAGGUUGAUAUGUUUAGAGUACAUAUCCAACACUAAUAAUGUCAGCGAAGACUUGGUUGGUUCAACAACAACAUUACUGCCAUCUCUAGAGUCACUUUGGUUGUGGGAUUUGCCUAAUCUAAAAGGAUGGUGGAGAGAGACUGAAGUUCAUCAUUCUUGUUUUGAUGCAAAUGCAAAUGCAAAUGAAGAUAAUCACUCUUCCUUGCCUUAUUAUCUCCCUUCUCUUUCAAAAUUACAUAUAGAAGAUUGUCCUAAGCUGACUUGCAUGCCACUUUACCCACGUUUGGAAGGAGGAUUGGAACUGAGGAAGACUAGUUGGAAGCCAUUAGAAGAGACAUUCAGAAUGAGGAUGAUGAUGAGCAGUAACGUUGGAUCUGUAUUCCCAACAGCUCCUUCUUUCUCACCUCUCUCCAAAUUAGAAUGCCUGUAUCUAAUAGACAUUGAUGAUCUAGAAUGUCUUCCAGACUCCUUCAAGAGCCUUACUUGUCUCAGUAGCUUGAUUAUUGAUGGUUGUCCUAAAUUGAAGGAUUUGUGUCCUGGUAUUCUACAUCUCUCAUCACUUCGACAUCUACAGAUUAGCAAAUGCGAGGGGUUAGGGCACAUGCUGAUUAGUGAUGAUUAUGACUUUAUGUGGCAAUCCCUAAAUGGAACCCUUGGAUUAUUAGAACUAUGUACGUUGCCAAAUAUAGUGACUGUUCUUCCUAAGGGUAUCCAACAUCUUACAAGCUUACAAGAACUUCAAGUUUUUUUUUUGUGAUAGUCUAACAACAAUUCCAGGGUGGAUCCAUAACCUCAAAUCACUUGAGAGACUUUACUUGUGGUCCUGCCCCAAUCUGACAUCAUUACCUGAAGGAAUUCGAAGCCUCACCACUUUGAACCUGUUAUAUAUUGAUUCAUGUCCCAUGUUAUUGAAGAGAUGCAAAAGGAAUACAGGUGAAGAUUGGGAUAAGAUUUCUCAUAUAGAAGACUUGACCUUAAUUCCAGAUCCAAACAAAGAACAAGAAAAUGAGAAUACAAAGGGAUGCAACCUCUUGAAGAAGUUUAGGCUACGCAAUACAAGAAAUCAAGGAUAGAUUAGAUAUAUCAUUUGUGUAGGUAAAGUGAUUUUGCUGGUGAAUUAAUUAUGAUGAAGCAAGAAAUGUUGCUCUCUUAUGCUGUUCUUUAAACCAAUUUGCUCUUAUGCUUACAAAAUGGAUGGACACACUGAAGCAAAAGCAACCAUAGGCUGUAGCUGUGGUGAAGAUGAUUGGGUGAGCUGUGAAAAGCUUGCAUUAUGCAUCAAGUCUGCCUAUUGAGACUAGCUUACAAUGCUGUAAUCACAGUGAAGAAUCAGAGAUGCAUAUGUGUAAAAGAGUGCCCUUUUGAGAAUGUUUUACGGUUAGGCUCACGAUGGGAGUUGGUGGCAGUUUUGGGAGCUAGAAAUCAAUUCUUCUUUGGAAACAGGGAUUUUGACUUGGCCUCUGUUUCGAGAAAAGUGUUUGAAGAUGUGGUGGAGUUCACUAGAAUUCGGGAUAAACCAGGGACCAAAUCUGUAUUCACUCGGACUGCACAAGUCUCGUUCAUUAAUGUCCCUUGUAUAUCAGUGGGUAGAGAAGAAUGUAUAUGAAGAGUUCCAGUGGGCUUGUAAAUAUGGAGUUACAUGGCUGCAAGGAAAUCAUUAUGAGAGUUUGAUUGCUCAGAAAAUGGAAUGUGUAAGUUUUGUUUGUAUACCAAGCCCAACAAUGAAUGAGUACAAAAUACACAAAGCAAUGGAUUUCUUAAGUGUUUUGAGGAAUAACGGCUUUAACGGUUUUCUACAACUUAUGUCAAGCUGUCUCAGUCGACCAAAGCCUAUAAAUAAGGCUUUUAUACAGUUGGUUCAAGAGCAGAUUAGAUCAAGAAGAUUGAGGCACAAACAGAUCAGGAAUAAGUGAGAGUUUAUGAGGGUUGUAAAAGAGUGUCUUGUGUGUUUGAUCAAGAGCUCUCAUGUGAGAUAUGAUGUAAACGAAACUUUUGAUUCCCUGUACUUCAAAUGUCUGUACUGUUCUUGCUGAUUGAUCAAUAAAGACUCAGGACAAACUAAGUGACUAAGUGUAUCACCAUUCUUAGUUUGUGUCUUGUAAUCUGUGUGUAACUCUUGGUUAAUUAUUAGAAUUAAUCGCUCUUGCAUAUUUUGUUUGUUGCUGAACUUGAUGAUAUGUAUUUGUGAUUUUGUGUGUAA